AUGGAAGAAACUUCAUAUAAUAAGUCACAAUUGAAUUACAUUGGUGAGGGAUACUAUAGCUACUCUGUCACCAUGGUAAAUAAGGGACAAGAAAUUCCUUACAUUAGAAUUUUUGCUUUCUUCAUGAGCAUUGAUUUCUCAAAUAACAAAUUUCAUGGAGAAAUUCCAAGGACAAUACGGGGUCUUCGAACUUUAGUUGUGCUCAACUUGUCAAGUAAUAAUUUUACAGGACCCGUUCCACUAUCUUUAGGGAAUCUGAUUAAGCUUGAAUCCUUAUAUCUCGCUAAAAAUAAGCUUUCCGGUCAAAUCCGUCAGCAGUUUACUAGACUCAUGUUUCUUGAAUAUUUGAACCUCUCUGAUAAUGAACUUGUGGGGCCAAUACCUCAAGCAGGACAAAUUGGUAUAUUUGAAAAUUCGUCUGAGGGAAAUUGGGGAUUAUGUGGUCCUCCAUUGUCAAAAAAGUGUGGAACCUCUCUUUUACCACCUCAUGACAAUGAGAAAUCAGGUGAUUCAAUAUUAUCUGGUUUUGGUUGGGAAGCUGUUGCGAUAAGAUAUGGAUGCGGACUCAUAAUCGGAUUGAUGCUCGGAUAUAUCAUCACCUCAAGGAGCCCAUACUUGGUGUUCAAGAUUUUUCAUGUGAUCCCACCAAUGAGACUAAAAGGAAUAAACAGUUGA